UAUAAAAUAGUUAUCUGUUUUGAAGUAAUUAUUCGUGAUAACUUUAUUUCUGAGAUUUUACGAGUACCUUGAAUUACCGUUAUCGCAUUGUGUGGCAUGGCAAGUCGACAGACUGGCGGGCGACGGCGCUGUUCGGCUUUCGCUUUGUUCACUCAUCUCCACGUGCCUUCCGCCAUUUAGGGCACAUUUAUCGUCAGAUUGCUGUUAAUCGAAAGAUUUUUUGUUUUGUAAUCAUUUAAAUCCUUACAAUAUGUUGAUAGGACUACGUAUUUUUAGUAAUUGAAUCAAUCGAUUAAAAAAAAAAAUAAUAAAGCCGCAACCCGGCGGCGUGGUCCUGUUCGGCGGCAAGGUGACAGCGAGGCGGGGCGAUGGCUGCCGGCGGCGCUGAGUUCGUCGAGGGCUGGCUGGUCGCGCAAGUUCUGGGGGAAGGUGCUUAUGGCGAGGUGCGGCUGCUGGUGCACGCGCGCUCGGGCGCGGCCGUGGCGCUGAAGGUGGCGCGGCCCGGCGAGGCGGCGGGCGAGCCGGCGCGCGAGGCGGCGCUGCACCGCGCGCUGCGCCACCCGCACGUGCUGCGCUGUCUGGGCGAGCGCACGCACCAGGGCCUGCACUACCUGUUCCUGGAGUACGCGCCGGGCGGCGAGCUGUUCGACCGCAUCGAGCCCGACGUGGGCAUGCGCGAGGAGGACGCGCGCCGCUACUGGCGGCAGCUGCUCAGCGGGCUGGGCUACCUGCACGGCCGCGGCGUGGCGCACCGCGACAUCAAGCCCGAGAACCUGCUGCUAGACAACCGCGAUCAACUCAAGAUUUCAGAUUUUGGCAUGGCGACCCUCUUCAGGCACGGCGCCCGCGAGCGCCUGCUGUCGCGCGUGUGCGGCACGGCGCCCUACGCCGCGCCCGAGGUGCUGACGGCCGCCCGCCGCCCCUACCGCGCGCCGCCCGCCGACCUGUGGGCCGCCGCGCUCGUGCUGCUCGCCAUGCUGGCCGGCGAGUUGCCGUGGGAGCGCGCGCAGGCGGACGACGCGCGCUUCGCGGCGUGGUGCGCGGGCGGGCGCGGCGCGUGGGACAAGGCGGGCGCGGCGCGGGCGCUGCUGCGCCGGGCGCUGACGCCCGACCCCGCGCGACGCGCCUCGCUGGACGCGCUGCUGGCGCUGCCGUGGCUGCGCGAGCCGGAGGCCGCGGCGCGCGCGUGGCGGUCCCAGCCGACCGCGGCCGACGCGGCCGACCCGACCGACCCGUCCGACCUGUCCGCCGCCGACAUGGACGCGCUCAUCAGCUACUCGCAGCCCGCGCACGCCGACGACCUGCUGCUGGCCUCGCCGGCCGACGGCGCCGCCGCGCUGUCGCUCGGGCGCCGCAUGACGCGCGUGUGGCUGCGCGCCGGCGCCGCGGCCGCGCUGGACGCGCUGGCGGGCGCCGGGCGCGAGCGCGGCUACACGUGCCGCCGCCUGCACGCGCGCCUGCUGGCGCUGGAGUGCGGCGCGGAGCUGCGCAUGCGCGCGGCGGCGCUGCGCUGCGGCGACGCGCUGACGCUGCUGGAGUUCCGGCGCUCGCGCGGCUGCGGGCUGGAGUUCAAGCGCCGCUUCGUGGAGCUGCGCGACGCGCUGCGCCCGCUGCACGCGCCCGAGCCGCCGCCCGCAGACGCCUGACCCUUCACUGUUGUUUCUUAUUCUUUAGUUAAGUUGAGACGUGCUGCGGACCUCCGUUGACUACCUCUAUGAAGAAUCCUGAAGAAAGUGUUGUUCAAACUCCAGAAGACGAACUGUGAUAGGAAUUGCCUUAUGAGAACUUAAAGGUAGAAUUCCGUGCAUCGCGAUCUAUCCUACCUCUAUUAUUUUAUAUUUUCCACGUAAUGUACAUUAUGGAAUGCAAUAAAUGAUAUGAUAUCGCAGCCGCGCGCGGCCUACGACAAUCGUCGAUCGCUCGCGACAAUAGUCAAACUAUAAAGAUGUAUGGCACCGCUGCCGAGCCCCGCGACAGACGCGCGCGGCCGUACGCAUCUUAACAUGGUCUAGCGCUUAAUAACAUAGUUAUAGAAUCUUAGUAAAACCAGAAUUGUUUUUAUUUAGUCGGAAAAACUUCCUUUUGUUUUCAUUACAAUACAAAUGUAGUAUCCUUCUUAAUUUCUACUCUUAAAGAUAGGGUCGAUUGGUAAUAUAUAAACAAAUAAAAUACUGCUUAAAAUAAUCUUCCAAUUGAUUAAUUAAUUGUUAUUAUUGUAUUUACAUUUAUUUUUAGCUGUUCUUUAAUUUUAAACUGAGUUUUCAAAUUUAGUCUACUUAACUACCAAAACAGCUGGAGUAGGUAUAGUAAUUAAAACCCAUUACAUAAAAAAUGCCUAUUGUUCAUUAAUAUCUACAAAUUAUUAACAGAAAAAAAAUUAGUCUGCUACGACACGAUGACACGAAAAUAAAAUUAAACGCGACCAAAAAUCUUGAUGUGACUCGCGUUACUGAGAGCGAGAGCACUGCGAGCCGCCCUUAGGAGCCUCGUCGGUGUGCAUUUGUCAUUAUGAUGCACAUGAUAAGGCAAUAUUUUUUAUUUUCUAGUUGAUUGUGUUUAAAAAGAUCUAACAUAAUCCAUUAAAACAUUUUAAAAAUCCGUUACAGGUUAUAUUUUGAUUUCCAUAUUUUAAAAAUAAAAACCAUCAUUCAUUGACACUGCGAACGAAUUAAACUUUUUUUUCCCGAUCGUCAACAGUGUUGACGAAAGGGCGUUACCGAGCGGGAAUAACCCACAAAGUCUUUCAGAUCAAAGAAAUAGGCAGAUGGAGCGCUCAGAACACGCGAGUGUGUCCACCAAAACAAAUACAAUAUCAAAAGCUAAUACAAACUCGCGACAGUACCGAGCUACACAUCGUCUCGCUCACACGUCACUAGUGAUUUGUCAUUAUAAUUCAAAAUAUGUUUAAACAAACAGGAGCCGUCCUGUUUGUUUAAACAUGUUUGUACAAAAGUUGUUCACAAAAACAAGAUGGAAUAUCUUUCCACAGAUAACCCUUGUUAUUAGUUUUGUUUUAAUAUUUAUUUUCCAUAAAAUGUUUUCGGCUCACUUGAAACACAAAACCAUAACAGUAAAUCGUCUGUGUUGCUAGUAUAUAUGACGGGAAAAUUACCUAUUGUGCAUAAAAAAACAUCGAUGGUGCAUUUAAAUUCAUGACGAAUAUUUUAACCUCCUGCCAUUAACUAACGAUACUAACUGUACCACGCAACUCAAAACUCUUGCAGACUUUAAAAAAUCACACAAAUACACCUCGCAGUCGUAUUUUAUAGUGUAUGGUAAAGACAUACUUAAAGAUUUCAGGUUUAACAAUUUAAGUGAAUAAAAAUAUGGGAGUAUUUCUCAAUAUCUGGCAACCGUAAACGCACACAGAUGCACGUGUCCGUACACGGCGCCACUUACCUGCCGCGCACAUAUAAAUAAAAGCUUCACUUUGUUCGCGCGCGUUCUAUCUGUUUAUUUCCUUGAUCUGAGCAAAAUCUACUAAUUUCAAGACACUGCCGCGCGCGGCUCACGCCAUUCGUCGGCCGCGCGCCUGUCGCGGGCUUCGGCAGCGGUGGCCGGUUCCCCAUACUUGAUCAUAGGUUGACUAUUAUCGAGAGCGAUCGACGACAGUCGUAGGCCGCGCCUGGCUACGAUCGAUCGCGAUGUACAGAACUACCUUAAGCGUUGUAUUUUGAAAAUAAUAGUAAUCGAACAUGUUAUUACCCUACCUACCUUAAUUACACCACACAGCGAUGACAGAUUGUUUAUGAACGAAAUUCGCUGACCUCACUCACGUAUUAUUAUUAUGCAAAACCAUGAUAAUUAUAAGAUAGGAACAAGACUGACCCUCUAAGGCUUAGGGCUUAUCGAUCAAAUAUGUACUAUUUUUGUACUUAGUAAUAGAAAAACAAAAAAUUUAAAACUUCAAAAAAGAUUCAAUCAAUACAUUUGUAAUAAAAGUAAAAUUAAUAAUGA